AUGGUAAGUUUUUUAUUUUUAAAUCAAUCUACAAAUAUUUUGUUUUACGUAUGAGAAAUCUAUCAUUUAAUUGUUUGUUUUUAGGAUUUUGUCGAUAAUUCCUUUGGUAAUUUUGCCAUCCUAGGGUGAGAAAAAUCAUAUAAAUUUCUGUAAUUUUUAAAAUUUGUGCAUAACUUAUCUAUAUCUAAUUAUGUUUUUAGAGCUCAUACCGCUAGACCAAAGAAUUUUAAAGAAGCUUAUCAUCCAGUUCAACAAAAUUUGAUAAAUGUAAGUAUUUAAAUAAAAUAUUAACUCUGAUAUGUCAAAAUUCUACCUUAGUUAUAUUUCAUAUAGUUUAAAUUAAUGAAUUGUACACUUGAAUGUUACUUUUUAUUUCAUUUUAAACUGUAAUAGAUUUGUUUGCAUUAGAAAAGUAAUUAUUAUCCAAUAUUACUGUUUAUCUAAGUCAACUUUAUUUUUAUUAAAAACUACAAUAAUUUAUACAAAUACUAAUUUUUUAGACUAAAAUCAUGAUAAAUGUACAAUUCUAAUGAAUACAUUUUAAACUGGCUGUAAGGAGGAGGUACCUAUUUUCAUUCAGGGGCGCACCCAGGAAUUUUUUUUUGGGGGGGUACUAAUUUAAAUUAUUUUCAAAUAUUAAUAGUAUUUAUUUUAUAAUAUGUACAUAAAUCCAAAAGUCGAGAUGGGCAAUGUUGAGAAUAUUUUUAAAAGUAUAAAUAUAGUUUGAAACAAAGUUUCCUUACACAAGUUUAAAUCAUCAAUUGUAUUAUGUGGUAAUAAAAUGUUUUGGGCAUUGGAAUUUUUGGUACCAUAAAUUAAACUCAGCUACUGCAGUAUUAACAUAAUUUUGUGGUAUAUCAUUUUUGUAAAAUUCGAAAAGUUUUAAAUAUUGUGAUUUUUCUAUUUGAUUAAGUGAAUUUUCAGUUGGUAGAAGGCACUUAGAACUUUUAAUAAUACAUUUAUGCUUUAAAAAUCGUUAGGACAUAUUGCUAAUAAAAGAAUCUAGCCAUGGAAUGAAAAUGGCAUGUCUAUAAUAUUUUUCUUCAUUUUCUGCGGGUACAUUUGAUUAGUGAUGUUGUGAUGAUUAUGGGCGAUGCACAUCAUUUUUUGCCACCAAUAAUAGAGAGCAUAAGUCAUUACCGGUUUCCGGAAUGGCAAGUAUGAAAAUAUAAUAUUUUGUUAUACCUAAUGUUUCAAUAUUGAUAGCUGAUAUUUGUUUAUCAUAAUUUAAAGUUUAUACCUAAUAAAAUUAUCAAAAUGUUAGGGGUUACCUUUUUUUUUAGGAGGGGCACUUAUGCCUAUAGUUAGAGACAGUAUCAAGUACAAUAGUGUGAUAUACAUGAGUACAUUUGAUGCCCUAAUAUAUAAGUGAUAUUAUCUCUUAUUGUUAACCAAAAGUUUUGUCUUUAAUUUCCUAAUUAUUCUCUAAUAAUCUAUCAAAAUUAACUUUUACAUAAGUAAUACAUGUAUCUUAGAUUAUUAAAAUGGUAUUUUUUUUUCUGUGAAUAACUUUUACCAAAAUGUUUGCUCCAAUUUUUAAGUGUAGUACCUUUUCUGAAAGAGACUUUGACUGAGAUGGUACUUUAGGUAGCUUUUUAGGAAGUGAUACUUUUUUGAUUUUUCAAGGAGUUUUUAUAAUAAAUGGGGAAAACCGGAAAAUUUGCGAAAUGUAUUAUUUUCAAAUCAUAAAAAUUAUGGUCUUUCAAAACAUGUAUAAUUGAACUUUAGUGUCCUUUCUCGUUAGCAAUGAUUAAUUUUUGUGUUCAGAUAUAUAUUAAACUUUCUCUCUACCUUCCAAACUUUUCAUCUAUAAUGGUGGCCCACCCACGUGUAAAAUCUUUGUUAUAAAUUUCAAUCUCAUAGAUGGGUUUGUGUUUGUCUAUGUCAGUUUAUAUUUUUAACAUGUGUAUGUUUUUGGGCUAGAUAAAAGUAUUAUGUACCCACAUAAUACUUUUGUUUCUUAUCAAUUUUUACCUGUAAGGCUGUCACUUAGGUUAUAAUAUUAAUAUUAGUAACAAUAAUAGUAAAUAUUAAAAUGUAUACAUUGAUAAAUGUACAAUUAAACAAUAAUUUUAAUACUAAUUAAAUUGUUGGUUGGUAGGUGUAAUUGUAAAUUAUUAUGUCAUACCCUUUUAUGGUGGUUUGGCAUAAUACAGAUAGUUUAUUUGUAAUGUGUAUAUUUUAAAAUUUAACAGUCUAAUUAGAUUAAUUAUAAAUAUACUAACUAGUAUUUAUGUCAGUCGGAGAAAUGGGAAUCAGGUACAAUAUUAUUUUAAAUGUACCUAUUGAAAAUCCAUUUUUAUUUUGUUUUCCAGUACAAAGAAAAAGAAACUAGAACAUUGAAAAAGGGGUUAAUGGUUACUCAAGGUAUGCAUAUGCCUUUACGUUAUGUUAUGGAGAAAAAAGUUUUUGAAAAUGUAGGUCGUCUUCCCAUUUUAAAGUCAUCUAAUUUAAUAGCAGAUAUAUUGGAUGAUACUCUUGACACAGUAUCUGAACAUGAUUACUUAAACCCUGCAGAAUUCAAUGAAACCUUAGUCCCAUCAUUUGUAGUUAUGGAUAA